AAGCGUUAACCAAGUGUCAUAUCCAACUCUUUGAUAACUUACAACGCAACGAAAAGCGCAAGGAAGUACGGCCGUGUGCUUUUAUAUGAAGAAUUAAAAUUCGCGAGUCGAUGUUUAUCCCUGCGAUAUUGUUCCAGACUCAGCUAUUCCACUUUUUAUGUUAUCGUGUUGUAUAAAUUAACAUGUUUGAACGAAUUAUUAUAAAUUAUCGCAAGCCGUUGGAACUCGUUUACCGGCUUAACAACCAGGACGACAUUAUUCAAACGUCUUGUUAAAACAAAAGUUUUUUGCCCUUUAGAAAAGAAAAACAAUAGCGCUGCGGCGCACAACGGUAACGCUUGUCAAUUUCCUCAUCUGGAAAAGAUUACCUGAGACGACUGAUUAUUCAGAAUGACAUAGUUUAUGGCACGGACGAAUUUCGUACUAAUUCAAGCAAAUCGGUAGUGUUAUGCAGCAGGUGCUUUGGACCAAAAUUCAUAUAAAAAUACGGAUGAAAAAUGCGAGUGCUAUUAGUGAUUUUCCCUUGGUUGUUGUGUCUGUCGAUUUGCCAUGGAUAUCGUUUGCUCGGACUAUUUCCCUUUCAAGGCAAGAGUCAUUUUGUUAUGUUCGAGCACUUGAUGAAGGGCUUGGCCAGAAAGGGCCAUCAGAUCGACGUGGUCAGCAAAUUUCCACUGAAGAAGCCCUACCCAAAUUACACCGAUAUCGUAAAGCUACCAACACCUAUACAUCUGGUGAACAAUAUGACAUUUGAGUUAAUGCAAAAUUUGAUCGGCGCAAAUCCGACAUACAUUGUCGCGACGAUGGCAGGAAACGAUCUUUGCGAACACUUAGCAGAUCCAGAAAUAAAAGCUCUAUCGCAGCCGAAGGAUCCACCUUAUGAUGCAGUGCUUAUAGAGGUUUUCGGUGCGCACUGCUUCGGUAUCAUCGCCCACUUAUUGAACGUUCCCUUGAUCGGGGUCAGCACCACGUCGCUGUAUCCGUGGCUACCUCCGCUGAUCGCUCAACCCGCGUGCCUGGCCUUCGUACCGAGCAACGUUUUAAGUUUCACCGGGCCCAUGACUUUCUGGCAACGUCUGUACAACACCGUGCGCACGUACUUUGAUCAAUGGUAUUUCGAUUAUCUCACGAGACGGGAGCAAGACAAGUUGAUAAGGGAGCAUUUCGGGCCGGAUAUGCCGAGCGUACGGGAAUUGGAAAGGAAGGUGUCGCUGAUCCUCAUCAACUCUCACAUCGCGCUAAAUGGGAUAGCGCCGAGGACACCUGCCGCGGUGGACGUGGCGGGGAUCCAUGUCCAAGACGAGGACCAGAAGUUGCAGCCUGAAUUAGAGAAAUGGAUGAAUGAUAGCAAAGAUGGUUUUGUCUAUUUCACUUUUGGCUCGAUGGUGAUGAUUGAGACGUUUCCACACGAAUUCCUGAGAAUACUUUACGCCUCCUUUAGCAAAAUAGCACCUGUGCGGGUUUUAAUGAAAAUACCAAAUCCGGAGAAAUUGCCGUCCGGUUUGCCCAGUAACAUUUACAUGUCCCCUUGGAUGCCGCAAAUUAAAAUAUUGAAACACCCUAACAUAAGAGCCUUUAUCACUCACGGCGGGCUCAUGGGCACGCAGGAAGCGAUAACAUGCGGUGUCCCCAUGAUCGGUAUACCACUCUUCGCCGAUCAAUUCACGAACAUCGACGCGUACGUUGCCAGAAACAUUGCCCUGCGACUGGACAUCAACACGAUUACCGAAAAAAGCAUGGACGCAGCCUUAAACACGAUCUUACGGGACCCUCUGUACAGGGAAACUGCGCGGAACCUGUCCCAAAAAUUCCUCGAUCGACCAUUGAACGCUGUCGACACAGCUAAUUACUGGAUCGAGUACGUUAUUAAAUACGGCGAGGAUUCUCUGCGAUCGCCCGCGAUGGAUCUGACCUGGUGGCAACUAUCUCUCAUCGAUGUGAUCGGAUUUCUACUCUGUUGCGUAGCAAUCUUUAUCACUACAGUAGGAUUUAUUGUGCGUUUCAUAAUAGAAAUGUUAAAUGGAAAUAACGGAUUGUCAUAUUCAAAAAAGAUAAAUUGAUCACAUUAAUUCCCAGACAACCUAGAAAUCAUUUAGACAUCUUUUAGACGUAUAUGUGUUGUCUGGACUAGAAAAAAAUAAUAUAGUGCUUUAAUUUUGCUUUCUAUUUAUAUCCUCGCAAAGGAAUUUGUUCAAGGAGAUAUAAUUACACGUUUCUUCUUAAUAAAGGUAUUGUUAAGGAAUUAUUAUAAUAUAAAUGAAGGGAGAUUUUUAGGUUCAAAUCUCUUUGAUAUUCUUUAACAAAUAUUUAUUAAACGUAAUAUAAUUCUUCGACAGAUUCCCCCGGUAGCUUAAUCUUACUCGCAGAAGCAUAUACGUUUAUACGACGUUCCCCAUUAUGUACAGACACAUUUAUAUUAUUUUUGUAUUACACCAGGCAAAUAAAUAUAUUUGCGUUUAUAAAACCUAAAAA